AUAACAAAAAUAGAGGUAAUAGUGGAGCAGUCAUUAGCACCCGAAGACAUUUGUAUAAGGCAGUGGAUAUAUUGCUGUGAUCGGCUAAGUUUCUACUACCGCUAUUUUACCGUGAGUGCGCGCUGAUUGGCUAAUCGUCCGUUACUGGCGAACAACGCGAGAGCGAUAUGUGACCGUAUCUCUGACGGCAUUUGACAUUUAUUUGCCGUGAGUCGAUCGUUAUGUGGCUAUACACAUACCUACAGCAUAGUCUUCUUCACAAGCUGUAAACAUGGCAGUUGAUGAUGAUGGAGAUGUGCUACCUGAUCGUGAUGCAGCAAAAGGAUUUUAUGCCAAAUAUGAACCAAAGGAGGUUUUGGGACGAGGCGGCUGUUCAGUUGUACGCCGCUGUAUUGAGAAGGAAACCGGCCAACAAUUUGCUGCCAAGAUUAUAGACUUGAGUGACUCCUCUGAUGAGGGAGUGCACGAAGCAACUAUUCGUGAAAUAGAUGUUUUGCGCAUGGUGGCUGGGCAUCCAUACAUCAUUGAACUUCAUGAUGUAUUUGAAUCAUCAACCUUCAUAUUCUUGGUUUUUGAACUUUGUGAGCAUGGCGAGUUAUUUGACCACCUUACAACAGUUGUUACUCUUUCUGAGAAAAAAACUAAAUUAAUCAUGAGGCAGCUUUUUGAGGCGCUUGCUCAUGUACACGGUAAAGGCAUUGCACAUCGAGAUCUUAAGCCUGAGAAUAUUCUUUUAGAUGAUAACUACAACAUCAAGCUCACUGACUUUGGCUUUGCAAAAGUACUGCAACCAGGAGAAACAUUAACAGAUGUAUGUGGUACACCUGGAUACCUAGCCCCUGAGGUUCUACGCUUUGCCAUGUAUGAAGGGUCCGAAGGCUAUACUCAUGCUGUUGACUUAUGGGCGUGUGGUGUUAUCAUGUACACACUAUUGGUUGGCUGCCCACCAUUCUGGCACAGAAAACAAAUGAUAAUGAUCCGCAACAUUAUGGAAGGAAAGUAUUCCUUCCAGUCACCAGAGUGGGAGGAUAUAACAGAUGCUCCCAAAGAUCUCAUCUCAAGACUGCUUGUUGUAGAUCCUGGAAAGCGUAUUACUGUUCAGGAAGCUCUUACCCAUGACUUCUUCCAGAUACUGCCUAGCCGGAGUCAAAAAUUUGUCGCCAACCUAAAAGAGAAGCAAUACAAAGGCCGUCCAUUCAAUGCCAAGAAGAUGUUCCAAUUUGGCAUAAUGUGUGUGCGCGCUGUGAUCAGAAUCCAAAGACUUCGCUUCACCCCUGAACCUGUAUCCCUGGCAGUUACUCGUGUCGACCCAUACAGAAUUAAGGCACUUAGAAAGGUAAUUGAUAACUGUGCUUUCCGUGUGUAUGGACAUUGGGUGAAGAAAGGUGAGGGACAAGAUCGUGCUGCACUCUUCCAGAAUUGUCCCAAGAUUGAUUUUCCACGUAGCCCCAUGGAUGCUCCUUUUAUAUUGAGUAAAGCAUAACAAAGUUUCUAUGGUUUAUGAUUUUAGAUUGUCCACUGCAUAUCAGAUUACCAGUAGUCCAGUAGUCCUUUGGUUAAUAUGCAUGACUACCAUAUUGUUACUAUAUUUAAGAUCCAUGAAACAUAUACUAUGCUAUAAAAAUAUUUCUCUUGGCUAACCCAAACGCGUGGAAUAUUGUUGUAAAAUGAUGAUGGUGAUGAUAAAGUAAUUAAUUGGCUCCAAGCUGAGCUUAAGUUCUUAGAUAGCUCCAAGGGUUCUGUGCAGUUGCUAGCAGUUACUAUCAUGUUUGUGAUGACAAGGGGAGGUCUUGUUAAGGCUGAAAGGACACUUUUCAUACCUAGGUAAAUACUGCAUACGUACUGUAUUCCUGCUAAAUAAAAUAUUGUUAUGAUUAUGCUUACAUUAGUGUACUUAAUCUUGAGGGACAGUUGAAUAUCUAUUUUGCUGACUUGUGUGUACAGGUCUUCUCAUUCUUGGAGAUGAAAUCAUAUUUAUUGUAUAGAUUAGAAGUUGAUUCUCAGAAACUUGUCAUUACACAGUACUGUAUAAUGCAAUAAUACUGUCAACAUUUUUUUAUUGUAGUAGAAUAUUAACGUACAAUAGAUGUUUUUGAUACGGAGUAUUUAUUUUCAGUUUGCUUUUAAACAACUUUCAUGUGCAGUGUGAACAGUCAUGAGAUAUUUUUGGAUGUGAUAUAACACUUUUUAGUUUUUAUUGUCAUACAAUGACAAUGUAAGUCUCUCUUGGCAGUUUGUUGUAUUAUAGACAAAGUUCAUCAUGCACAUAAAGUUGAUCUAUAAUUCACUGAAUGUAAAAUUUGAGACCUGUGUAUACACAAUAUUUUCACUUCAUGAUCAUUAUUUAAGUAUUAAAUGAAUUUAUUAGUGUACUGUAUUUAAAUACCUUGCUUGUUGUGAUUUUAAAUUUUUUGUAUAUUUAUAUAUACAAUAUAUGCUUGCUGUCUUGAUUUUGGGUACCCAAAGGUAGGCCUUAUGGCCUAAGAAGUUUUUUAAGACUAGAAAUAUGGUAUACUGUGCACUUUACAAUAGCCAAGUGUCUUUAAAACUUGGUACAGUCUAAUAAAUUUAGCUAAACUACGUAGUUUCUGCUUGUAUUUUAAAUUUUAUUAAAAAAAAUGUAUUUACUGGUUUACAUACUACAGUAUGUAAAAUGGAUAUGUCUAUGGAUAUGUAUCUGUAGUUCAAGUUCUAGUAUUUUAAAUAAUUAGUAUAUUGUCCAGUAAGAGUUACUCAAUAUUAAAAUUAUUACAAGUGAGUAACAUUACCUUUAAAAGGUACACUUGGUUAUUUGAAAGAAAAUUAGAAGCUCAUUUCAUUUUCAGCCAAAUUGGAUACAUUUGUAGCUAAACAGUUUAUCAGUCUAUUCAAGUUUGUCUCUUUGUACAGCAAUACAUUGGUAUUGAGCAACUCUAGCCAGCAAGUCUAGGGGGUUCAAUCCCCAGGUCCUUGUAUGACUGGGACCUAAGAAUCGAAUAAAAAAAUCUUUCAUCCACAUACUGGAUUCCAAAGGUGACUCCUGGUAUGAAGAUAUCCCCAAAGGUGAGAGAGCUGAAGGGUUUUGCUUUGAAUGGUGUUUGUUCCCAGCAUCAUCUACACGGUAAUGUCAAAAGUAUCGCCACUUCAGAUCCAGUUACACCACUGCACAUAGUGGAACUGCUCAGCACCUGCUCUGAUAUAUUUAACAGUUAAGUGUUGACUGCUGUCACACAUUUCUAGAUGUUAGUUUUAUAUAUACAAUGUUUAUUUUGCAUUGCAAGAGGGAUUACUAUUGCUUUCCAGCCCAAGUUGCUGGCUAGUUAGCAAGUUGGUAUAUGGGACCAACAUGCCCUAGCACUGUGGCUAUAUGCUUUUCCAAUGUAAGGAUUAGCUUACCUUUCAUAAGAUAAUUGUAUGACAUGUGGGUUUUGAUUCGAGACAGACAAGAAGCCUACACUAAACUCACAGUAAACCCACACUACACCCUUAUUGCCCAUUGUCAGUCCACCUAUCUAGAGGUGGCCAUGUGAAGGUGAGGAGGCUGAUGGCUUAUGUGGUACAGUACCCUCAUAAUUAUUGGUGGUCUUAUCAAGAGCUGAAUGACAGCCCAGUUCUGUUCUUGCUUCUACCAUACCUACUGAUAGACCAGGCAGGGGAAGCACAGGUGAUAUUAGGAAGUAUGAAUGUUGUGUAAACAGUGUAAACAUUCAAGAGCUCAGAUGCAGGAACUCCUGGGGACUUGAAAUGACAGAGGGUGUGGAGACAUUAGCAGGAAGAUUGAUGGGUGUGUGUUCAUGUUUGCACACUACAACUGUACCUUCACACAUUAGAUGCUGGUGAUGGCAUGUCAUUUUCCCUUAGUUUUAAUUUUUUAAGCAUAACUCUCAUCACAGCUACUUUACAAGUUAUGACCACCUCAGGAAUGAGCCCCAUGAUAGCUUACAAAUUCUUCCUCUUCGGCAAAAACCUUGUGUGCAUCAUCGCAGUGACCUCUGAGUGGAAAACCUUCAACAUUAGCUCGAAUAGUAUGCUUGUUUACAUCUGCCUGUUUCUGUAGUUCAAUAUUCACCAGAGAAUCUAUUCUAUUUUCAGGAUGGUCAUAGGUUGACAGACUUUUGGCUUGAUGCUUCCCUGUGAAAUGAAACACAACCAUGAUUACACGGGACACAAUUUUUGCCCUCAGCACAGCUGAACUUGGUGAAUGCUCUUUUCACUUUUGUUUAUUCGACCAAAAAAGACAAUAUUUGCAGAAACCUUUCGCUUGUGGGUGAUGUGUAUCUGGCCUGUCAUGUAAACAUACUCUACAGGACAGACCACACUAAAAUACAUUAUACCAGUGGAGUUGAUAACUUUUAAGUUAUACAGCGGAUUCGUGAUAAUUCACGUGAAAUAUCAAAUCAUGAAUUAUAAUUUAAUAGAUUUAAAUGAAUAUAAUUAUUUUAGCUCACGAGGCCAAAAAAUAUGUAUAAACUGUUCCAUCACUGUUUUAAUAAAAACACUAAAUGUCAUACAUAGCACAUCAAAAAUACAGUAUAGAUUGUACAAAAAGUAGUUCUGUACAGCAUUACAUAAGCAGCUCCUUCCCUUCUCAUAAUCAUCCUCUGGGUGACACCAUUAAACCAACAUGGAGGCAGGUAGGCACCUGGCUAGCUAGCGGUCAGCUGUUUGCGCUAUGUAAAUAAACCACCGGGAAUUUAAUACAACACGAUAACCCAGCUUGUUGGACAUCCUGUAUGGCAACAUUAUUAAGUUCAAUCUUCAGAGAGGACUUGAGGAGCUGCUUUAGUUGGUAAUUAUUAGUUCAAUGCCUCUGGAAUGUGUGGCCAUUGGAGGCUUUAGGUUUGUUCCCUUGUCUUACUCUAGAACUAGCUAUUGAUUAGUGUUGUGUAUUGCUGCCAGUAGAGUGCAAGGUGAGCAUAGCCCUUAAAGCUAAUUGGUACCCAUACAUCAUUUUUCUAACUGGCUUUGAUAUAUAGAAUAUUUCUUGUCUCAAUGUAUGGUUAGAAUUGGUAAAUUUGUCCUGAGACUCCAUUUUAUAACAGAUGUGAUCAAAGCAACUUGGUAUCUCUCCUUCCUACCAUUGUGGUGUUAUGGUGAGCUGGAUCUGAAUUGGUGAUCUUUGUAACAUCAUCUUUUAGGCAGAGUUGAAAACAAAAUGUGAAUUAGAAUACUGUAGCUAUUGUAAAGGUAUUUAUGCUUACCAGCAAAUAUUCUUCAGCCUUUUCCCAUUUUAGGGUACAAUAUGUUUAUACUAUCUGCUUUGGAAUCUGCAAUGAAGGUGAAGGAUUGUCUGAUUUUUUAGUUCAUUAAAUUUUUAGAUCUUUGUCACACAAACUGGGGCCUAAGAAAUUAACACUAGACUUGCUGGCUUUAUAUCGUUGCUCAGUCAUGACUUGGUUAUAUAUAGGAUCUCAGAAUCAAUCCACCAUAUUUGCACAAAUUUUCUACAUAAUUAUUUAUUCUUAGAUGUAUUUUGUUGCAAAUUGGAAUGGAAUAGAAUUUUAUUAACAGAGUCUAUGAGAUAUAGAAAAGAGUAUUUAUCUAGAAUAAAGUGGCACUCCAUAAGGAUACACUGUAUGGUGCCGUACAGGAGAAGUUUUAGUCUUCAAUCAAGUGUUAGUAGUGUAAUACAUAUGAUAUAUACUCUUUAGCACAAUUCUACCUAAUUAUUUAUACAAAUUAUCCAUGAUGUUGCAGUGCUCUAAAAGAAACAGUAACACGAUUUUUUUUCACAUGGAAUAAAUGUAAUUGUUAUGGUUUAUUAUUAAUAUAUAUAUAUAUAUAUAUAUAUAUAUAUAUAUAUAUAUAUAUAUAUAUAUAUAUAUAUAUAUAUAUAUAUAUAUAUAUAUAUAUAUAUAUAUAUAUAAACCUAAUAAUUUCUUUGUUAAUAUUUUUUCUGUAAUGAGGGUGUCAUAUUUUUGUAAUUUGUUCUUAAACUUUUCUUUACUGUAUGUGACUUUCAAGAAAACCUUUGAUUUGCUGUUAAAAAGUUUAUACUGUACUGCAUUUUGUAAUCAUGUGUUUUAUCACAUUAAAACACUUCUUUGUCUUCACUUAAAUAUCCAAAAAAUUUUAAAUAAAUUUACAGGCAUAGUUUUAUGGAAUAAACAAAGAAUACACUGUUCUUUAAUAAUACUGUGGUAUCUUUAUGACUUUGAUAGAAUAUAAUGUACUUUACUUUAAUAUAUCAAGAUCAAGAUAAAUUAUUUAAAAAUUUUUCACUUAUGGUAAAAAUUUGUUUAAAUUUCUAAUGUUACUUGGAAUACCUGUCUAUUUGUUUAACAUGAUAUAUCAAUGGAUAGAAUAACAGUUGUAUCAUUUGCUAUGUAUUUAUCAAAGGUAAAUAACAGGCAGUUGAUACUCUUUGUGUGCAUAUUUUAUUGUCCUUGAACCAGUAUUACCUUGUUGUAGACAACUGUACUGCAUUAUGUUUGUAAAUUUAAUAAACAGUUUCUUGUC